GGCCGCGGAAGUAGGGGGGGAGGAGGUGGCGGCGAGGUGCGCGUGCGCGCGCGGAGGCCGGGCCGAGGUUCCACCGGUGUCCGGCCGCCCGUCGGGCCGCGGCGCGGCCAUGAACUGGCUGUUUCCUCUCGGUAAGGGCGGCGGCGCCUCCUCGUCCGCCGCGCCGCUGCCCGCCCUCACCAGUCUCCAGCAGCAGAAGCAGCGGCAGAUUGAGUCCCUGCGCGGUGCGCACGCCUCCAUUGCAGAAAUUCAGAAAGAUGUGGAAUAUCGACUGCCAUUCACUGUAAACAACUUGACAAUUAAUAUUAACAUCUUGCUUCCACCUCAGUUUCCUCAGGAAAAACCAGUCAUCAGUGUUUUCCCACCUGUGAGACAUCAUCUAAUGGACAAGCAGGGAGUAUAUGUGACUGGUCCACUAAUAAACAAUUUUACAAUGCACUCGGAUCUUGGAAAAAUUAUUCAAAGUUUACUGGAUGAGUUUUGGAAAAAUCCACCAGUCCUGGCUCCUAGUUCAACAUCAUUUCCAUACCUUUACAGCAAACCAGCUGGAAUGCCUCCAUAUGCUCCUCAGGGGUUUCCGUUUCUUCCUCCAUACCCGCCUCAAGAAACAAAUAGAACAAUGGCACCCGUGCCUGCCACUGAAUCAGUUUCUUCAAGUUACACUACAGAAAAGCCUGCUGCUCCCUCUUAUGGCUUGAUUGCUGAUCUGCCACUACCUGUUCCAACAGCAGAAAUAGUGCUUCAGGUCGGCCAGAAUGGAUUUACUUACAAGAUGCCUGAUAUUCCUGAUACCUUUCCAGAACUUCUGGAACUGAGUAUAUCAGAGCUGACCAAUAUGAAUGAGAAAGAGGAGGUGUUGCUGGAACAGUUUGUGAAUCUACCACAACUGAAGCAAGUCAUUACUGAUAGAGAUGAGUUAGUGAAAAGCAUUGAAGAGCUGGCAAAAAAAAAUUUGUUGCUGGAGCCCAGUCUAGAGGCAAAAAGACAGACAGUGUUGGAUAAAUAUGAGCAACUCACACAGAUGAAAGCAGCCUUUGAAAAAAAGAUGCAAAGACAGCAUGAACUUAGUGAGAGUUGCAGUCCAAGUGCUCUGCAAGCCAGACUUAAAGUAGCUGCUCAUGAAGCUGAAGAGGAAUCUGACACUAUUGCAGAAGACUUCUUGGAAGGCAAAACAGAAAUAGAUGACUUUCUUAGUAGCUUCAUGGAAAAGAGAACGCUCUGCCACUGUAGACGAGCCAAAGAAGAAAAACUUCAACAGGCAAUAGCAAUGCACAGCCAAUUUCAUGCUCCACUAUAGGUUUCCUGCAAACUACAUCUGCCAACAGAAGAGUGAAAAACCCAGUAAAGCACACUUUUUAAUAAUUAUUAUUUGCAAAUAGGCAUUUCAUCUUAUGUGGUUGUAUUUAUAGAAGAUUGUAUACAGAGCUGGGACUGUUUUUGUACAAAUUAGAAUGUCUCUUUAUAUUCUCAUUGUACUCAAGAAUCCUUCUAUUGCAAACUUUGCACUAAUUUCUUGUAUUUAUUGUUGAUAGUUCUUAUUAUAUUUAAGUUCCUGCUGCUAUACCCCAUUCUUCAAAGAUUAAAUAUCUAAAUAUGUAAUUUUGACUAGCUUUUUACAUUUUUAUAAAAGCAUAAUUCAUAUCUUUUGUAUUUUGAAAUUUAAAAGGAUUUGGCUUGAUCUGUGGAAGAGUUUGAGAUAAAUGGUGAUAAAGCUUUGGAAACUGAAGAAGUUCGUAAUUGGAGAUAGUCAGUAAAUUCACAAGCUGUCUUUUCUUGAAGCCAAAAUGUUUAAGAACAGUUUUUGUUACUUUUAAGUGAUAACACAAAACUAAUUAUAGCCUAUACUCUGUUUUGGAUAAGCUGAUCUGGAUUAAGCAAAAGUUGUGUUGGAACAAACUGCAUUGGAAACAAAAUGGAAUGAAUGAUCUCUGUGUAGAUUUGAUAUGUUGCUCAGUAGCACCAAUGCACUUGAUUUCAGGUGUGGCCUGGUACCUAGCACUGUAAUUAAACACAAUUUCAUCUAACAAAUUCAUUUUCAUGUUCGUUUUUACUUAUUGAGAAACAAGUCAGAUUACCUGCUAGUUUGUGUUUUAUGCCAUGCGACUAUGUGUGAAGAACUCAAAGACACUACAAAAUUUAAUUCAGAAUUUCUUUUGAAGUAGCAGUUACCCUCUUGUUUUUAAGCAACAAAGGAACUGAUCUGGCUACAGUUAGGUUGUGUGCUGUGUUAAGGCCAGUGAUAAACUUGUAAGUGAGCCUUAAGUCUGCCCUUUAAUCACUGAAUCUUGUCUCAGGUUAGACAACUUGUUUGUUUCUUUUUUAGUGUAAACAUGUAUUAGAUGAGAAUGGCUAGGACUAAGCGCAGUAUUCUGUAGGACAAAAAUACAAUCCCAAAGCACAUCUAUGUAUAUUCUCUCUUGCUCUUGCAAAAAGGCAAGAUCUUGUUCUUGUCAGUGAAUUAGACUUUUGUUGAGAUGAUGAAGUUCCAGAAGAACAGAAGUAUUGUUCUUGAAGAGAAAUAUGGUAAAGAACUGAAUAAGUGGUCUGUCAGGGAGCCUGCUUCUUCCUUAUCAGGAAACAGUUUGGAGAUAACCCUCUUAACAAAGACACUGUUCUAUUUUACCUAGGUAGGGCCAAAGCAUCACAGAUUCAAGUCUCAUUCUAAAGCAGGUCGUAGAAUCAUUAAGGCUGGUUCGGAAGAGUACUCUUCUGUAUCACUAUCAGUCCUGUACUCAAUACUGGCAAAAUGGGACAUGAUAUUUCUUUGGAACUGGAGAAAAAUAAGUAAAUCUGAAGUUAAGAAAAAAUCUAACAAGCUUAAUUGUAAGAAGUCAGUACCACAGGCUAGUGAAUCUCCAAAUGGAACAUUAAUAUCAGUCCUGUUAUACUUUACAGUAUUGUGGUUGUCUGUCUUAAACUACUGCCUUUCGUGGCAAAUGUAUUACUGCUGUUUGAGGUGGUGGUGGUUGUUUGUAAAGCUGGCCCAAAUUCUGAGAUUGGCUAUCCCAAGAAAAAUACAACUGUGGUCCAAAUCAAAAAAGAUACAUAGGUGCCUGAAGAAAAAAUUAAUUGUAAGUGCCACUGAUUAAGCAAUAAUGUACAGAAUAUCUUAAAAGAUAAAUUCCACUGACUGUGCAUAAUAGUGCUUUUUAUAUUGAUACAGUACUUCUGCUAAUUUGAUAAUUAAAGCCCCAAUUCAACACAAACUUGCAUGAAAGGUUUUCAGGAGGCUCUGGACACAAAUCUCCUAGUAAUGUGAUUUCUGCAGCUCUUCCUCAGUUGGACAGCUGUUUCCCUUGCACAUCUUAUAAUCCUAUGGAAUUGCUGCCUUCUGUUGAACAUUACAUAUUAUGGUGCUCUUCUGUAGUGAGUGAAUUCUCCAGCCAGGUCACUUUCAGAGAAUUUGCUUCUCAAACUAGUAGGAGUUUUCCACACUUGAGCCUUUUCUCUUAGGUUAGUUCUGUUUUCCAAGAGAUCACACUUAGAAACAUAGGGUUUCUCCAUACAGUCCUUCCGAUGGUAGUGAGGGAGAAUCUAAGAUGUCAGUGUUCCAUGCAAGUUCUUCAUACAGUGUUUCUUUUACAGGGAUGUGAAAAUCUGAAGUCCUUCAUUUUCUCCCUUUUUAUUUUCUCUCUCAUAGUGUUGUUUCUAUUUUUAAGUUUUUUUUUUUUUUUAAAGCAUUUAAAAAUU